GACUCAAGUUUGUCCGUCUGCUACAAUAUUUGUUUUGCUUUUUCAUCUUCAAAGAGAAAUAAGAAAUCUCGAACAGAGAAAUGAAAUUUAUAAUAAAAAAAAGUUUAUUUAUCAUCUUAUUAGUGAUUGUUUCCGAAUCUAUUGCUGAAGAAUGUUCAUUACAAAAUACUUGUGAAUGUGUGUAUUCAGAUGGAUCAGGCUACAGUCUCAAAUCUGUGAUUGAAGACGACUCUUGGCUUGAAGCUAUAACAAACCAAAACUUAACAUUUUACUAUCAUCCGUGUGGUGAUUCCAAAAAGCCUCUUCCUCUUCCUGACAAUGUUACAAAUGAUUGUAAAUCCGGAUUUGUGCUUUGUAUGUACGACAUAAACAAUAACAAAACAGUUCUUCUGGGACAGCAAAGUAACAUGAGUUUCAGAAAAUUUGGUGACACUAUGAAUGUGUUAUUCACAAAGCAACCAACAACAUCAGAAGAAAAGGAAUCCUCGAUUACACUCGAGUGCACUCCGAAUGCCAAAACAUCAAAUCUUUAUGCACCUUUAGAAAAAAUUGAUCAAGUUCAUUUGACAUUGUACAGCAAAUUCUCAUGUCCCAUGCAAAUCAAAGAAAUAACUCAUCAUGGAUUUUUCUACACAUUUUUCGUCAUUCUUUUAACAUUGCUUUUUGUGUAUCUUUUUAUUGGCAUUCUCUUCAAUUAUUUCUUCAUUGGUGCUCGUGGCUAUGAACUCAUCCCAAAUUACGACUUUUGGUGUCGCGUUUGGCGAUCAUUAAAAUUAGGAUACAUUUACGUAAAAAAUGGUUGUCGAGUGAUUCCCACUGAAGACAGUUACGAUGCCAUAUAAACAAAAUUGAUUCAACUUAUUCGAACAGCACCAAGGAAAGUGAACCAAUUUACUUAUGAAACUUCCCAGCAGUCGCCUCGAGAGAAUCUUAUCGCACCAAACUUCACUUAAUUCUCUCCCUCUCUCUAUCUUUAUAUUGAUAAAUAUAUUUAUUUGUUUGUUGUUGAUCAAAAGGCUGAGUUUUAAAUAAAAAAAUUUAACAAAUAUUUUAAGAGAA